GGCAUCUUUUUCCGGCAACACCGCCCCACUACAACAUUUGGUCCUUCGAGCCGGAUUUCCUGGAUAUUCUGGAUACUUUGGAUUCUGGAUAUCUUCUUCUACCAGCAGUUCUCGGCAGUGUUCCGCCAAAAGAUAAUUCCGCCAGUCAUAUUCAGCACGAUGUCGCCACGUCCACGCAGCGCCCAGUCACUGGAGAGCAGAUGUACUCGAGGUACACAGUCCUACCGAUGCCGAGUCUGCAGUGGGAUCCAUCCUCUGAAGAAGUGUCGGCGCUUUCUACGUCUCAGUGCCGAGAAGCGGCUCCGGGCGGUUCUCGUGAACCGGUAUUGCUCCAGCUGCCUGGCUCACGAGCACUCCGACGGAUCGUGUCGGCGUGGGGACUGCUGUAGAACAUGUGGUCAGGAUCACCACUCGCUGCUGCACCUCGUGGAGAAGCCACGGUCUCGGCGUCAGCCGCGUCAAGAGGAGCACAAGUCACGGAGCGCGGGAGACAGUACACGGAGUGUCUCAGCUAGCGCUCGGCCGUCGUCCGCCAACUCCUGGCGUGGUUCGGUUGCUUCGCGGCCUUCGUCUGCCAACUCCAGGCGCAUUUCGGUUGCUUCGCCGCCUUCUUCCGCUACCUACUACCUCCCUCAAGAUUUCUGUCAGCGAUGGGUUGACUUCCUGGAGAAUUACUCGGUGCUCGAUCAGAUUCGUGUUCCUCGAUGGGUCGCGUUCCGACCACACCUAAGGGUCGAGCAUCACGGGUUCUGCGACGCUUCAGAGAAGGCGUACGGCGCAGCAAUUUACGUCCGUGUCGAGGGUUGGGUCUGCGGUCAUAGUGAACCUGCUGACGGCAAAGACUCGAGUGGCCCCAGUUAA